UGCGUCAUAAAUCGAAAGCGAUAUUCACUAAAAUCUUCUCAUGUACUGUAGAAAUAGGAUCACCGUGUUUCGAGUGUGGGUGUGAAUGAAGAGAAGACAACACCCACACCCACACCCUAGGAAACUAUUCGUCAUGUUAUGAUAACUCAUGCAUAUGUAAGCAGCAAUAAUGCUGAGUAAACACGUAUAUUUUAAGAUUUGGCAAUGAUAGUGUCAUGAGUAAGAGUUCUAUAGCAUACAUUCCGAUAUGUAACUAAGAGUUUUAUUUCUUUUUUACUCUCUUAGAAUUAUUCAAACAUCAGUCUCUUAUGCCAAGCAUGGCACAAUUCGGAUGGAUAAAACUUGAUGAUAAACCAUAUAUUCCCGAUGACAAAAAUGUGGCACAAUUGUUUGAAUCAGAAUCAUUAUCCAUCAUUAAAUUACCUGAAUCUAGUUUGACAAGGCAUGAACGAAACUUCCUUGAUAAGCUUCAAUGUAAAAAUUUAUCUGAAGUAUUGAAAUCAAAUGUAAAUGUUACAAACGCAAAACAAUCCGAUGAUUUAAAACAAUUUUAUACACAAACUUUACCAUUUGUUUCCAACUAUUUAUACAACGAAACAGACUUGUUUGAUGGAUUAUAUAAUAAACGAAAAUUAAAUGACAUAGUUUUACAAAUGAAAUUUUUCAUCGUUGAUAGUAUUGAAGUAACGUUUGGAUAUAAUUAUAAAUCAUUUGAUCAUAUCUAUCACUGUUAUCUUGAUCAAAAGUUUAAACAAUUUCAUUUAUUAAAGACACAUCAUUAUUCACAAAGUAUUAAUACAAUGAUACAAUUUAUUAUUAAUGAUACUGUUAUAGAAUGUCAAUAUAAACGAGAUAAAUUAGAUAAAUAUUAUAGAAAGUUAUUAGCAGCUUAUUCUAAAGAUUAA